UUUGGGUGUUUCGUGAUGGGGGUGUCGGAAGACAAUGUUCGUGGGCUCGUGUUGGCCAUGUCCUCCAGUAUUUUUAUUGGAUUAAGCUUCAUUGUGAAGAAGAAGGGGCUGCAAAAGGCAGGGGCCAAUGGAGUCCGAGCAGGAUCCGGGGGUUUCUCAUACUUAUACGAGCCUAUAUGGUGGGUGGGAAUGCUCACCAUGAUACUUGGCGAGGUUGCUAACUUUGCUGCCUAUGCAUUUGCUCCUGCCAUCCUUGUCACUCCUUUAGGAGCAUUGAGUAUAAUUGUCAGUGCAGUGCUAGCUCAUUUCAUGUUGAAUGAAAAAUUGCACAUAUUUGGUGUCCUCGGCUGCAUUCUCUGUGUUGUGGGUUCUGUUAGUAUUGUAUUGCAUGCUCCAAGAGAGAAAGAUAUUGUAUCAGUUAAGGAAGUAUGGAGCCUUGCCACUGAACCAGGCUUUGUUACUUAUUCUUGUCUUGUCCUGUUCCUGGUUGCGUUCCUCAUUGUCCAGUUAGUUCCACGUUAUGGUCAAACACAUAUGCUGGUAUACGUUGGAAUUUGCUCACUAAUGGGUUCCCUAACGGUCAUGAGUGUAAAAGCAGUGAGCAUUGCAUUAAAGCUAACAUUUUCAGGAAUGAAUCAAUUUGUCUAUUACCAGACUUGGUUUUUUGCAGCUACUGUAGCAUUUUGCUGUGUUAUGCAGAUUAACUAUCUGAACAAGGCACUUGACACCUUUAAUACAGCUGUUAUAUCCCCUGUCUACUAUGUGAUGUUCACUACUUUUACCAUAUGUGCCAGCAUGAUCAUGUUUAAGGACUGGGACUCGCAGAAUGCUUCACAGAUCGUAACUGAAAUAUGCGGAUUCAUAACAAUACUUUCUGGAACUUUUCUUCUCCACAAGACAAUGGAUACGGGAUCGCCACCGCCACCGCCUCCGCCGGCCAUGUGCGUUGUGGGAAUGGAUUGCGAUUCGGCUGUCUUCUAG